AUGGUGUGGCCUGAGUGUCUGUCUGGGGGUUUCCUGGGCACCCUAGAAAGCAGUGGUAUGUACUCGACUCUGUUGUAUAUCAAGGAGGGGUUUGGUAAAGAGAUAUCGAAGAUCAAAUUAUUAGUGAAUUCCUCAGCGGGGGCGGACUUGAUCUCAUUGAUGCAGUGGCCUGUGUCUGUUAUGGCUAUCUAA